CCCAGAGCGGACCCCAUGGAAAAUGCGCCACCCCCAACCAGCAGUACAUCCAGCAACACAACAUCAGAUGAAGAAACCGAAGAAAGGCACACACCCAUAACUAUGGAGAUUGAUAAUACCAUGGUGGUGGCCUAUAUUAACCAUAUGGGCGGAAUAAAAUCGAUAUCGUGUGACAAUUUGGUCAACACAAUCUGGCAAUGGUGUGUCGAUAGACAUAUUUGGCUAUCAGCAAUUUACCUACCAGAUACUAAAAGGCGAAUCGAAGCAGAUAAUCCAGUUGUAGAAAUGGAUGGGGAUGAAAUGACCAGAGUGAUUUGGAGUUUCAUUAAAGAAAAGCUUAUUCUGCCAAAUGUUAAGGUACAACUGAAAUACUUUGAUCUUGGUCUCCCCAAUCGAGAUAAAACAGCUGACCAGGUGACCGUUGAGUCUGCUCUGGCAACACAGAAAUAUGGAGUGGCGGUGAAGUGCGCCACUAUUACACCAGAUGAAGCUCGUGUGGAAGAGUUUGGACUGCAACAAAUGUGGAAAAGCCCAAAUGGGACUAUUCGGAAUAUUUUGGGUGGCACGGUGUUCAGAGAUCCAAUUAUUUGCAAAAAUAUCCCACGCCUGGUUCCUGGUUGGGUGAAACCAAUAACAAUAGGACGGCAUGCAUAUGGCGAUCAGUAUCGAGCCAUAGAUUUUGUCAUGGACAAACCAGGCAACUUCAAACUUGUCUUCGAACCUAAAGAUGGAAGCAAAUCUCUGGAAUGGAAUGUGUUUGACUUUCCUAGUGGAGGAGUGGGAAUGGGAAUGUACAAUACCGAUGAGUCUAUUACAGGAUUUGCACACAGCUGUUUCCAGUAUGCCUUGUCCAAGAAAUGGCCUCUUUAUAUGAGUACCAAGAACACCAUUAUGAAGGCCUAUGAUGGAAGAUUUAAGGACAUAUUCCAGGAUAUUUUUGAAGCAAAUUACAAAGCAACAUUUGAUAAGAUGGGCAUCUGGUAUGAGCACCGGUUGAUCGAUGAUAUGGUGGCACAGAUGCUGAAGUCCUCGGGAGGUUUCGUCUGGGCUUGUAAGAACUAUGACGGAGAUGUUCAGUCUGACAUCCUGGCACAAGGAUUUGGUUCUCUGGGGCUGAUGACAUCAGUGCUGAUUUGUCCAGAUGGGAAGACAAUUGAAGCUGAAGCGGCUCAUGGAACAGUUACUCGACAUUACAGAGAGCACCAGAAGGGUAAAUCCACCAGCACAAAUCCAAUUGCCAGCAUAUUUGCCUGGACUCGAGGGCUGGAACACAGAGCAAAGCUGGAUAGCAAUCAUCAGCUUAAGCAGUUUUCUAAUACACUAGAGCAGGUGUGUGUGGAAACUGUGGAGAGUGGUAUCAUGACAAAGGACUUGGCUGCUUGCAUUUACGGACUUCAGAAUAUAAAGCCAGGGCAACAUUAUGUGUACAUGGAGGAAUUUCUUGAUGCCAUCAAGGAAAACUUGGACACGAAGUUGAGUCAUUGAAACUGACCAAGAACAAUGAAAGAAGCGUCAACAUCCUUUCCAUGGAGCAGUUACUAUGCUGAAGAGUGACUUCACUCCGCCUGUACGGUUUGCAACGUUGGAAGUAAACUGACUUAUUAUUAUUGCUAGCAUUUGUUAAUCUGAACAUGUUUAAAUUCAAUGUAUUCAUUUACAAUUACAGCCCAUAAUUCCGUCCUUUGUGCCGUUGGGUUGCCUGGAACUUCUAGUUGUUUUGAAUCGUUGUCGGAGCAUGUUGUACAAAAACAAAUAUGAACAUGUUAUAAAAUCUCGGUGCCAGUUGAAACUGUUUGGUUACCAAUUGAACAUUGUACUGUAUUUACAAUUUUGCAAAUUAAACGGAACAAUGUUUUAUA